AGUUUCAGAUAAGUAAAUAAUAUAUAAUUACGUUAUUCUAAAAUAUUGUCACAGUUGUUCAACUGUUCAUCGAUAAAAAUAAUCAUGCGAGCAGCUUUGAUUUUUUUCUUGCUGGGCUAUUUUACCAGAAAUAGCUUGGCAGGAGUAUAUACAGACCGUUUCUUGGCACAGUAUAAUAAAAUCCAUGACGCAAACAAUGGAUAUUUUUCUCCGCAAGGAAUACCAUACCAUUCAGUUGAAACUCUAAUUGUAGAAGCACCUGAUCAUGGACAUGAAACUACAUCUGAAGCCUACAGUUAUUAUGUUUGGCUAGAAGCGGUUUAUGGAAAAGUAACUGGUGACUUUUCAAAAUUCAAUCAAGCUUGGGAGAAUUUGGAAAGAUAUAUCAUUCCCGUGACUGCCAGUCAACCUACAAACAGCUUUUACAAUCCUAGUCAUCCAGCGACAUACGCUGCUGAACUGGAUGAUCCCAGUCAGUACCCUUCCCAGAUUGAUCCUAGCGUGCCAGUAGGCCAGGAUCCUAUAUUUCAAGAACUGGUUAAUGCUUAUGGUACCAGUGACGUCUAUAUUAUGCACUGGUUACUUGAUGUUGAUAAUGUGUAUGGUUUUGGAAAUAUUCCCGGUAGUUGUAAUCUUGGUCCUGAUGCUGGUGGUCCUUCUUACAUUAAUACUUUCCAGAGAGGACCUAUGGAAUCGGUUUGGAGAACUAUUCCCCAACCAACCUGCGAUGACUUCAAAUAUGGAGGUCCCAAUGGAUUCUUGGAUCUAUUCACAAAAGACAACAGUUAUGCCCAGCAAUGGAAAUAUACAGCAGCUCCUGAUGCAGAUGCAAGAGCCAUCCAAGCUGCUUAUUGGGCCAGUCAAUGGGCUCAAGAAGUUGGUCAAUUAGGAACAAUUCAAAACACUCUAACCAAAGCUUCAAAAAUGGGAGAUUACCUCCGUUACGCUCUAUUCGACAAAUAUUUCAAACAAAUUGGAUUUUGUGAGUCACCUGCUACUUGCCCAGGUGGGUAUGGAAAAAGUAGUGCUCAUUACUUAUUGGGAUGGUAUUUCGCCUGGGGAGGUGCUCUCGCAACAAAUAACGGUUGGGCGUGGCGUAUUGGAGACGGUACAGCUCAUUUUGGUUACCAAAAUCCUUUAACCGCUUGGAUUUUAUCUAAUGAUAACAAUUUCAAGCCCCGUGGAGCCACUGCAGUAUCAGAUUGGGCAACUUCUCUUGAUAGACAGCUUGAGCUAUACGAAUGGUUACAGACAGCUGAGGGAGCUUUCGCUGGAGGUGUCACUAAUACUAUAAACGGUCGUUAUGAUCCGGCACCAAGUGAAUUGAAAACAAACACAUUCCAUGGCAUGUUUUACGAUUGGGAACCUGUUUAUCAUAAUCCACCAUCUAACAAAUGGUAUGGUAUGCAACCUUGGUCAGUUGAUCGGUUAGCUCAAUACUAUUAUGUAACUGGAGAUGCGAGAGCCAAAGCAAUAUUGGAUAAAUGGGUCACAUGGAUUCUAAGUAAUAUUUCAAUUCAAGGAACUCAAAGUUACACCCUUCCAGCCGAUUUAUCUUGGAGUGGAAACCCACCAAACGUACAUGUCACUGUAGACAGUUACAACAGCGAUGUAGGAACAGCCUCAGCUACUGCUAGAACAUUGGCCUAUUAUGCAGCUAAAGCUAAUCACGCUCAAGCCAAAGAAGUAGCUAAAUCAUUGUUAGAUAUUAUGUGGACAAACUAUCAAACAACCAAAGGUGUUUCCGCACCAGAAGCAGCUACCACUUACACACAAUUCAAUGAACCUGUUUAUGUUCCACCCGGUUGGAACGGAAAGUAUCCCAGAGGAGACGUCAUUCAAAGUGGCGCUACAUUUAUUGGUAUCAGAUCUUGGUAUAAAAAUGAUCCUGAAUGGUCUAAAGUUGAAGCCUAUCUUAACGGUGGACAAGCUCCUACUUUCACAUUCCAUCGAUUCUGGUCACAAGCUGAUGUUGCUAUUUCUCAAGCUGUUUAUGGAAUAUUGUUCAAUGAAUAAGAUGUAAUGUUAAUUUUUGUUUGUAUUUAAUUGUUCAAAUACAAUUAUAGCUAUUCA